AUGCCUCGUCAUCAACAACACAUCGUCCCAUGGACCGAUUCCGAGUCCGACUACUCAUCAGAGUCGGAUUAUUCCAUGCAGAAUGACCGCCGUCGGACGACCGUCAGAAGGCGCUCCUUCUCCCGUCAUCGCUUCGGCCCCGAUCACGGCAGCACCACUUACCUGAGUCCCGUCGUGCAGGACGUGCAUCUGCACCGCUCCGCAUCCACGGGCGCCCGGCGACGACGGUCUCGUGAGCGUCCCCCACCACCUCCGGCCGUCAUCGUCGAUAUCAAGAACGACUCGCGGAAUAAGGGCUCCAACAGAAGUGCAAACAGGGCCCGUAAGGACCAGCACCAGGAGACUUAUAUUGAUCCCUACGAGUCAGAAGACGAGACCCUCCUGCGUGCUCAUCAUAGACGGCCUCGUGCCAGCACUGCUAGUACGCCAAGAGAGGCUUCGCCGCGGCAACAUGAGCGGGAUUAUGAGUUGGUGAUUGAUCAGCGACUGCUGGAAAAGAACGACCAUCGACAGGAUCUGGAGCUGUUAAGACAGCAGCAGGAAAUAGAGCGUUUGGAGCGGGAAUUGGCUCGCCAUAGGCUUGAAGCCCGUGACGCUCGUGAUUCCCAUGAUGUCCGUAUCCUCAAGCAGGAGGAGGACUGGUAUGAGGAUGAGAUUAGCGAGCGACUGAGGAGGCUUGAGAGGUAUGAAAAGAGCCAGCGCAUGGAGGAGGAACAGCGGCAAGCGGAACGCCGCUGGAAACUGCAUCAAUUUGAAGAAGCCCAGCGCCAUGCUAGGGAGGAAGACGGCGUCAAAUCAAAACUGCGCGAAGAGAAGCUCAAGGAGCUCCGACACAAAAUCGAAGAGGAGGAGGAGCAGCGCAAAGCAGAACAUCGGUACAAGUUGAUUCAGUUUGAGGAUGCUCAGCGUAAAGCUAGGGAGGAUGAAGAUGUCAAAGCAAGACUGCGUGAAGAGAAGCUCAAGGAGCUCCGACACAAAAUCGAAGAGGAGGAGGAGCAGCGCAAAGCUGAACAUCGUUACAAGUUGCGUCAGUUUGAGGAAGCUCAACGCAAAGCUAGGGAGGAUGAAGAUGUCAAGUCGAAGCUGCGCGAAGAGAAGCUCAAGGAUCUUCAACGCAGGAUCGAUGAGGAGGAGGCGCAGGAACGACUCAAAGAGCAGAUCCGUCAGGAAAAGCUCAAGGAACUUCAGCGCAAGAUCGACGAAGAGGAAGAGCGCGAGCGGAUCAAGAAAGAGAUCCGGGAUGAGGAGGCGAGAGCCCUACUUGCAAGACAGGAGAAAGAACGUAAAGAAGCUGCGAUGAAGGCAGCGGCCGUUGAGGAAUGGAAAUUGAACGAGGAGCGGCGGAUCAAUGCCGAAAGAGAAGCGAAGCGGAGACGUGACGAAGAAUUCAGGGCUCGACUGAGGCUCGAAUUCGGUUAUACGGAGGAAGAAAUUGAAGAGAUAGUCACCAAAAAGAAGAAGAAGGAGGAGAAAGAAAAUGGCAAGGAGGAAGAGAAGGAGAAGAAAAAGGAUAAGGAGAAAGAGAAGGAGAAGAAGAAGAAAGGAAAGGAGAAGGAGAAGGACGACGAAGAAGAAAGUGAAAAGGAAGAGAAGGAAGAACACCGCCGGACGACUUGGAUUAAGGUAUACUACCCAACUGCCAAUACUUUCUGUAUCUGGCUAAACUAA